GCGGGCACCGCCGCCACAGCCGCCCUACAGCGACAGCGACCGCCGCCCUCCGACGCCCGCGGCAUGCUCUCAGUGGACCAGCUGAGCGCGGAGCAGGCUCUGGGCAUGAAGGAGCAGGAGUGGACCGGCCCCGAGGCGCUGUGCCCGGGCUGGCAGGAGGAGGAAGUGUCCGACGGCGAGGGACCCGAGAACAGCGAGCACCCCGACCCCACUGCCCAUGCCUAUGAGGUGCUGCAGCGCACCCUGCGCCUGGAGGGGAUGCCCCUCACCGUAGACCGCACCGGCCAGCCGCGCUCUGGAUUUGGCCAGCUGGAUAUGACUGUGUGCAUCCUGGGCUCCCCCACCGCCUUCCUGCCCAUCUUGCUGGAGGGUGGCUCCCGCUGCCCAGGUGCCAUGGUGCUGUGCCUGGCACCUGCCUGGGCCAGCCGCGUACCCUCAGAGACAUCACCAGGCGCGUGGUCCCUGCUGCUCUCCAGGGGGGUCUCCUUCGAGGCAGGGGGCUGCACUGCCCUGGAAGAAUUUGUGCCUCCUCGGCGUGCUACCUACGUCACUGGCACCUUUGGGUCGGAGGGCAGUUGGGAGGGUGAGCUGGCCCGUGACCUUGAUUGCCCUACUGGAGGCUCAGCACCACUGGCACGCUGGCUGGAGGAUCCCCUGCUCUCUCGCUGGUUGCUGUCUGCCCGCGCCGGCCUGCCUGUGCCUCCCACCCUGGCCUUCACCACGGGGCUGUGGGAGACCCUGCCUGAGGAGCCCAAACCCCCCGGGGUGCGCCUGGUGAGGCUGCAGGACCCCCGUGGCCAGGAGAGCCUGGUGCAGGAUGAGGUGGACGCCUUCCUGGAGGGCAGCACCAUGCAGCCCUAUGAUCAGGUGGCAGUGCGGCUAUCAGGGUGGCGGUGGCGUGGAACGGACCCCCGCAGCACCCACAAGAAGGUGGAGGGCAAGGCAGUGGCACAGGCAGUGGCAGCCCUGCUGAAGGGCCUACGUGAGGAGGAGAGCGUCCUGCUGGAAGCCCUGGUGCCCACCGGCCGCCUGCCCACGCUGCCCCCACGCAGCGCAGCCCCGCGGCUGCCCGUGGCCCUGCGCAUCUGCACCGUCGUCUGCCGGUCCUGGGGAGACCGGCCCCAGCUCUGCCAGGUGGCCUGUACUGUGGGGCGGGCAGAGGUGCCGGUGCGGCACGGUUCGCUGCUGCCCUUGGGCCUGGACUCCAGCCUGCGGCAGUGGGGCCUGGCAGAUGCGGCACAGCGGCAGGCACUGGCAGGGCGGCUGCAGGAGGCCGCCGAAGCCAGCAUGGCUGCCGUCCUAGCUGCGGAGGGCGAGCUGAGCCCCGCUCAGCGUGGUGGUGCCCGUGCCCGCACCGACGUCCUUGGUGUGGAUUUCCUGUUGGCGUGCGUGGAUGACACCCUGGAAUUGGUGGCCCUCUCUACCAACUGCCUGCGCUGCCUGGAGACGUGCCUGCUGGUUGAGGGCAUGGGGCAUGAUGUGGGGCAGCCUGCCGGAGACGUGCCACGACUGCUGGCCGAGUGCCUGCUGCACCGGGCGCAGUGCCGCCUAGUUGAAGGCAAGGACAUCCUGCUGAUCGGGGCUGGAGGAGCCAGCAAGAGCUUCGUCUGGGAGGCAGCACGCGAGUACGGCCUGCGGAUCCACCUGGUAGAGUCGGACCCCGAGCACUUUGCGGCUGGGCUGGUGGAGACCUUCCUGCCUUAUGACAGCCGGGAGCACCGUCGGGACGAGGAGCACGCUGAGCACGUGCUGGAGAUGCUGCGCGCCCGCGGGCUGCGGCCCGACGCCUGCCUCUCCUACUGGGAUGACUGCGUGGUGCUGACAGCGCUGCUGUGCCAGCGGCUGGGCUUGCCCGGCUGCUCUCCCACCGCCAUACGCCUGGCCAAGCAGAAGAGCCGUACCCACCAGCACCUGCAGCGCUGCCGCCAUGGCCGCCCGCCUCCGGCCGCCUUCGCCGUGCCUUGCUGCCGGCUGCGCAGCCACGGCGACGUGGAGCAGGCGGCGGGCACCGUGCCCUUCCCCGCUGUGGCCAAGCUGGAGUUUGGGGCGGGGGCGGUGGGCGUGCGGCUGGUGGAGAGCGCCGGGCAGUGCCACGCGCACGCAGCCCAGCUGUGGCACGACCUGCGGGCCGACGCCGACCACCCGGGCAUCGGGCUGGGCUGGGGCAACACCAUGCUGCUGAUGGAGUACGUGCCGGGCACCGAGCACGACGUCGACCUGGUGCUGUUCGAGGGCCGGCUGCUGGGCGCCUGGGUGUCGGACAACGGCCCCACGCGCCUCCCCACCUUCCUGGAGACGGCGGCCAUACUGCCCUCCUGCCUGCCCGCUGACCGGCAGGCCCAGCUGGUGCGGGCAGCCCUGCGCUGCUGCCGGGCCUGUGGGCUACGGCACGGCGUCUUCAACGUGGAGCUGAAGCUGGGCCCUGCCGGGCCACGCCUGCUGGAGAUCAACCCUCGCAUGGGCGGCUUCUACCUGCGUGACUGGAUCCGCGCCGUCUAUGGGCCCGACCUGCUGCUGGCCGCCGUGCUGCUGGCGCUGGGCCUGCCGCCCGUGCUGCCCUCCCGGCCUUUGCCCCGCCAGCAGCUGGCGGGCAUCAUGUGCCUGGCGUCGGAGCACGGCCAGGCCCUGCGCGGCGGCGUCAUGGAGGCCCUGCAGGGCAUGCAGCGGCAAGGCCUGGUGCGCCUCAACCCGCUCUUUGAGGAGGCGGGCGGGCGCUACGAGGAGCCCUGCCUGAGCGUGGCCUGCACCGGGGACGGCCCCGCCGAGGCCUGUGGACGGCUGCUGGGGCUGUGCCAGGCGCUGGGCAUCGACUCGCCCCAGUACCCCGUCAGUCAUUUCCUCUCCCACUUCAAAUAGCCACGGCGGGGCUGGGGAUGCGAGGCCGGGGCCGGGCUUCGCGUCCCCCAGAUCCCCCCCGGAGGCCCGCACCCCAAUCUCAACCCCCCGCUCUCUCGGGGUUGGGCUGUGGGCUGUGGGCCUGUAGCAACACGGCGGCCCCACGACACCCAGCGUGGCCCUCGAUGCAGCAUGGGAGCUGCAGCAAUGGGGAGAGCCUGCAUAGCAGGCUGUAACAAAGCAGCCCAUAGUAACAGGCAAACGUGAGGAGCCCCUCCUAAAACCACUGAGUGUGGGGAGAUCCCGUUGUAACAGGUGAAUAUGAGGAAACGAUGCAGUAUGAGGGGAGCACACAGUAAGAGAUGACCAUCGUGAGACCCUGUGACAGAGGAUAAAUACUGGGAGAUCCUACAAGAACACCUGUGUGAGGGGAGACCCCACAGCGAUAGAACAGCACGGGGAGAUCCCACAGUAACAGGCAUACAGCAGAGAUCCCCUGCAGAAGCGGGAGACCCUACAAUAACAGGAGCGGGAGGCACCUGCACUGAGAACUGCGCGUGGGGAUAUCCCGUGAGAACACCCCGUUGCUGGGGAGACCCUACAGUAACAAACCUGACAGUGGCAAAGCAGCGUGGGGAGAAUCUCCCCGUGUCUCACAAUCCCAGGAGGAUGCCACGUGAUAACAGCGUGUCACAGCCACUGCCACCAUCAACGGGGAAACGGCACCUACAAGUGGCAGCAAGAGACCCUACAAUAACAGCAACCCUGCAGUGACACACGGCCCACGUGGCUGAAACCAUACAGUAAUAGCAGUGUUUGCAGCAGCCUGUGUAGUGCCUGAAGCCUUAUAACAAUAGACCACGUACUGCCUGAGACCCUGCAGUAACAGCAGCGACCCUGCAGUAACACAGCCCGCAUAGUGCCUGAGACCCUGCAAUAACAUCACAGACCCCACAAUAACACAGGAGUGCAGUAGCAGCCCGAGGCCCAGUUGGAGGUUCUUCUGGCGGUCGCCUCCAGUCCGACCCCCCAAGCACCUCACGACCCGUGGAAGUGGCACGAUCCCAACCCGGGCCGGGGGAGCACCCCCAGAGCCACGUGCACCAAUAAAGGCUGCAG